AUGCCGCUCAAGGUCUUUGAGUCAGCUUCGCCUGCGCCAUCGCAUCCCUCCUUAUCGCACCUCUGCUUGCUCGUCUUCGAAGCUGUUCUGGAAGUAGUCUGUGUGAGCUUACCGGGAUACAUCGUCGCGCGCCUUGGCCACUUCGAUGCCGAUAAGCAAAAGUUCUUGGCUAAUCUGAACGUGAUGCUCUUCACGCCCUGCCUUAUCUUCACCAAGCUAGCAUCCCAGCUCAAUGCCGAAAAACUAUCCGAUCUCGCCAUCAUCCCUGCCAUCUUUGUCGUACAAACCCUCGUAUCAUGGGUAGUUUCGAUCCUGGUUGCCAAAGGAUUCCGAUUCAACAAGCGAGCUUCCAACUUUGUUACGGCCAUGGGCGUCUUUGGCAAUUCAAAUUCGCUGCCUAUUUCUCUGGUUCUUUCUCUCUCGCAAACAAUCAAGGGCCUCCACUGGAACAGGAUACCUGGCGAUAACGAUGACGAAGUCGGCGCUCGCGGCAUCUUAUAUCUACUGAUUUUCCAGCAACUUGGUCAGCUUGUCAGAUGGAGCUGGGGGUAUCAUGUGUUGCUGGCCCCCAAAGAUAAGUACGCCGAGUAUCAAGAUGAAAUUGCCGAGGAAGGUCAGUACAGAUACAGGGACGAAGAGCCCAGCGAACAGGAGCCAGAGAUUCUCAUUAGUGGCCUGGACGGUGAUACCGAGGAUGAUGGCGAGAGCAAUGCUUCCGAAGAUUAUAUACCUGCUGGACGAACGCCCGUUGCGAAUACUUCCCGGGCUUCAUUGGCUGGCUCUUCAGUCGACAAUGACGAUAUACUGAAUUUCAAGAAGGGCGGCUACACUCGUGGAGGCGCGCUUGCCAAUACAGACUUGGAAGAUGAUAUUCUUUCAUUCCCUCGCAUUCGUCUUCGAGAUGAGGCUGAAGUCGAGCACGGAAUUACCGCUCGUGUCAAGAAAGCCCUACGCUCUCUUAAAGACAAAACCUCUGUGGUCAUGACUCGCCAAUACCAGCGUCUUCCUCAGCCUGUACGGACCUGCCUUUCCUUCAUCCAUAUGUCAGUCAUGAAGGCUGUCGCAUUUGUCUGGGACUUCAUGAAUCCACCUUUGUGGGCUAUGCUUAUUGCCGUCGUCGUCGCGUCUAUCCCGAAUCUCCAACAGCUAUUCUUCGAAGAUGGUUCAUUCGUGAAGAAUAGCGUCACCAACGCAGUUGCGUCCAGUGGAGGUGUUGCCGUGCCUUUGAUCUUGGUUGUUCUCGGCGCUAACUUGGCGCGCAACACUGCCGCUCACGAUUCUCCCAUAGACACGGAAGAGGAAAAGAUUGGCACCAAGCUCUUGAUCGCCUCGCUACUGAGCAGAAUGGUUCUGCCAACACUGAUCAUGGCGCCCAUUCUAGCUAUUACAGCAAAAUACCUGCCCAUCAGCAUUCUGGAUGACCCCAUUUUCAUUGUCGUAUGCUUUCUUCUUACUGGUGCGCCUAGUGCGCUUCAGCUUGCGCAAAUAUGCCAAAUCAACAAUGUUUAUGAGCAGACCAUGGGAAGAAUCCUUUUUCAGAGCUAUGUUAUCUGGAUCCUUCCCUCUACUCUUUUCCUUGUCAUGAUGGCACUCGAGGUAAUCGAGUGGGCAACAGUGAAUUAG